AGAUCCGAGCUCAACUCAUCGAGCAGCAAAAAUGCCUGGAGCAGCAGACUGAAAUGAGAGUGCAGCUUCUUCAGGAUCUGCAGGAUUUCUUCCGCAAGAAGUCGGAAAUAGAGAUGGAGUAUUCCCGAAACUUGGAAAAAUUGGCAGAGAGGUUCAUGGCAAAAACAAGAAGUACAAAGGACCAUCAGCAGUACAAGAAAGACCAGAACCUCUUGUCGCCAGUGAAUUGCUGGUACUUACUCCUGAACCAAGUGAGAAGAGAAAGCAAAGACCAUGCAACACUGAGUGAUAUCUACCUGAACAAUGUGAUCAUGCGGUUCAUGCAGAUAAGCGAAGACUCCACCAGAAUGUUCAAGAAGAGCAAAGAGAUUGCGUUUCAGCUUCAUGAAGACUUAAUGAAAGUUCUUAACGAGCUUUACACAGUCAUGAAAACAUACCACAUGUAUCAUGCAGAGAGCAUCAGUGCAGAAAGCAAACUGAAGGAGGCAGAGAAGCAAGAAGAAAAACAGAUUGGGAGGUCAGGAGACCCCGUUUUUCAUAUUCGACUAGAAGACAGGCACCAGAGACGGAGCUCUGUGAAAAAGAUUGAAAAAAUGAAGGAAAAACGUCAAGCAAAAUAUUCUGAAAACAAGCUGAAAUCUAUUAAGGCCCGUAAUGAAUACCUGCUCACCCUUGAAGCAACCAAUGCUUCUGUUUUCAAGUAUUAUAUUCAUGACCUUUCGGAUUUAAUUGACUGUUGCGAUCUUGGAUACCAUGCUAGUCUGAACAGAGCCCUAAGAACAUACCUUUCUGCAGAGUAUAACCUUGAAACUUCCAGGCAUGAGGGCUUAGACAUCAUUGAAAAUGCAGUUGACAGCUUGGAGCCACGAAGUGACAAGCAGAGAUUCAUGGAAAUGUACCCCACUGCUUUUUGUCCACCAAUGAAAUUUGAGUUCCAGUCUCAUAUGGGUGAUGAGGUUUGUCAGGUCACUGCCCAGCAACCUGUGCAAGCAGAGCUUAUGCUGAGGUAUCAGCAACUACAGUCGCGAUUGGCCACACUCAAAAUCGAAAAUGAGGAGGUUAAGAAAACAACAGAGGCUACCCUGCAGACAAUACAAGAUAUGGUCACCAUUGAAGACUACGAUGUGUCAGAGUGUUUCCAGCACAGUCGCUCAACGGAAUCUGUGAAGUCAACAGUCUCUGAGACAUACCUCAGUAAGCCUAGCAUUGCAAAAAGAAGAGCUAACCAGCAGGAAACGGAGCAAUUCUAUUUCAUGAAAUUCAGAGAGUAUCUGGAAGGUAGUAAUCUCAUCACGAAACUUCAAGCAAAACAUGACUUGCUGCAGAGGACACUCGGAGAAG